AUGGACAAGUGAGUUUUUUUAUUUGUUUUGUGGAUGUUUUGAAAACAUAUUCAGUUUAAACGAUAGUUCUGACGAUGAGCGUCGAUCGACACCAGAUGCGGGAGAGGAUUAUCAACAAAGACUCCAAGAAUACGAACGUCGAAGCUCUAACGAGCCUGUGGUGGACCCGUUUGCCGAGUCCCCGGAAGAAGAAGAGGAGCAUCAACGUCGGCCGCUUGUCGUUGGCGAUCCGUUUGGAGACGAUGACGACGACGAUCUUUUCCCUCAAGAGAACCCGGUUAUGAUCGAAGGAGCCCGCAUGGUGCGGGACGAUCUCUACAAUGCUGCUGACGAGCCUGUUGUAGUGGCUGCUGAGGUUGUUGAAGCUGCUGAGGCUGCUGAAGCCGCCGAGGCUGCUGAAGCUGCUGAGGCUGCUGAAGCCGCCGAGGCUGCUGAAGCUGCUGAGGCUGCUGAAGCUGCUGAGGCUGCUGAAGCCGCCGAGGCUGCUGAAGCUGCUGAGGCUGCUGAGGUCGUAGAGGUUGAAGAGGCCGUAGAGGUUGAAGAGGUCGAAGACAAUCAAGAAUUUGUGCAGGAGCGAGAAGUUGUGGAGCAAGCCGUUGAUGAGGCAGAUUACGAGCAACUAGUUGCCGAAGAAGCUGCUAAUGAAGAAUAUGCUGAUGCUGCCGAUGUCGCUGCCGAAGAAGUCGAUCAAUCCCCGGAGUAUCGGCCACGUAAUCCGCCGAAAACCCCGCCAUAUGAGCCGGGAAUGGAGCCGAUUGAUUAUCAAGUGAAUCAGCAGAACUACGGCGCCGAGUCGGUCAAUGAAGAAACUGGAAGACCAAGAGUAAGUGUUCGUUCGUCGUCCCCCUCUAGAAUAUCAUUAAUAAGACCUCAGACUUGCGGUUGCGGCCAAUGCAUGGUCCGCAUCUCUUUUCAUUUCCUGUUAUUCUUGCUUAUGUUGCUCUUUUCUAUAACUUUAUUUUUGCAGAUCGGUCCAAAGACGCCGCCAGACGACGACUAUACGCCAGCUUACUUGGAGCCAGAGCCGGCAACUGAGCCUCAUAUCGAGAGCAUUUCUUCGGAUUCCAGCGAUGGAGAGUACACCGGUAGAACUAAGGUUAGAAAUCAACAAAAUUGCAUGUCUCAAUCAAAUUUUGUUUCAGAAAGAGGCACCAGUGCGACAGAAGAAGGCGCUGAAAGAGAAGAAGCGCAAGAGAAGAGGGUGAGUGAGAAUUGCUCUGUUUAGCCCAGAAGACUCAUGUUUUUGCUUUCUUCCCACCAGUUUCAAUAUCAAAUUUGUGUGGUCAAAUUUGAUUAUCCAAGGGAUCCUAAUUUGCUAUUCUUGUUUGGCGAACAUUCCGCAUUCUGGUCUCGACUCGCUCGAAAAACAGGCGCAUCGUUAAGCUAUAGUCUCGUGCUGCGUUCACAUCCGUUCGAGCGUCCCGCUUCUCUUUUUGAGGCAAAUUUUUGAAGUCUACAAACGAGGCCUAUCAUCGGCAAAGCUGCGUUCACACUUUUUGCCGCUAAAAACUUGAUAGUGCUGGUUUAAAAACGGAAAAAGAGUUGAUGGCAUCGAUCAAAAAACUCUUUUCACUUUCACUCAUCAAUUAUCACGAAACGACAGCAACAACGCAAAGAGAGUAGAAGAAGGAAGAGAGUGGCAUGAAACAACUGACUUCCGAUGAUCCCACUAAACUUCUCGAUCGGAAUAUCAUAUCACAUCCGUUGAAACCAACCCGAUCAGUUUUCCAAAAAAAAUACCCUCAGAAACCUAGACCAUGUCCUGGAAUUGAAAUGUGUCCUGCGACCAUGUCGUCAUUCUCGAAUUCAUUGAACACUUUGCCAAACCCCUCAUUCUUCGUUGACAAUAGGUAUUCACUGCGGAAGAAUCGGUUGGCCCUCGUCUUUUUCACCAUCCGUGCCCUCUGUCAGUGGUUAUUUAGUCGUAAAACUUCAGAAGUAAUCUACUUUCGUUUUAAAGUUAUGACAUCUUACUUUUUUAUUGUACAGCUCUCCGCUGUGUCAGGUGACAUUGUACUAUUGUAAUAGUCCGCAUUGUCCUGAAGAAGAUUCCUAUUCCGUCUCUUUCUUCAAGAAGUUUCAUAGAACAAAUUUUGAACACUGACCUUCGAUAUGGUCUUGCGCUCCCGCUCUAACUUUCAAAUUGUUAUUUUCCAAUUUGGAAUCAAAAUUCAACAUCAACUGAGUCAAAUCAACAUGACUGAGAAAUUUUUAUCAAAGUGACCGGUUGCAAGUCGCAACCAAACGAACUUCAAGACAUUGUUUACUUCUCUUUCUUUCUUUUCUAGAAGCUUAUCCGUGUUGUAACCCUCAUUGUCAACAUGUUGACAGGGGCAUAGUUAUACAUACUUGCCACCUUCAAAUUGUUGGCUUUAGGAUACACUUUUCUUUUCUCCGGCAUUUCUCCGAUACAUAAAUUAUGGGGAGGGGUGUGGAAAGAGGCUCCAGAAAUGUGUACUUCUCGAUUAUCGUCGCCCACAAGGCCCACCCUCUCGCACAUCUCCUUUUUCUCAAUGCGUCCGCGCGUCGGGAAAAAGAAGAAGGCCCUGGCAAUUUUCGAAGCAACUUUACUUUGCAUUUUCGUGAAUAUAUUAGUCGUUGUUGCUUUUGACAGGGUCCCUUCCGCCUCCGCCAUUUCUGCUGCACAUCUCAGCACCUUUCGACAGCAGCAGCAGGUGCGGUUAGGCGGCAGAUCGAAUUUCGGCGGCGGCUUCGAGUUCAUCUGAAGCCAUCCUCUUGGGUAUUUGGUUGCCGCCUGCUGCCCUUUGGAUAUGUCUGAUUCUUGUCACUUGAUAUUUUGUUAUUUAGGAGGCUCUCCUCCGGAAGUAGUCCUCUCCCUACAUCCCCCCUCGUUUAUUUUUUGCUUUUUAUCGUCACUGCAGAAAGCAAAACGACUCAAGACGUAAAAACGCAAAACCAAAAGUUCAGUGACCCUUGCUUUCGGUCGCGGUCGCACAGGUUUGCCUCGGGGGAGACUGACAGGUAUUUGUGUAGUGCAAUGUUCGAUGAUAAACAGUCCGAGGCUACGAUUAACCGACCGGUAAGGCCGGCCGGUAGACAGGACUGGAAUACAUGUAGAGAGUGUGAAACUGUGCGCGUGUAUGUAUGUGUACACCUAUCAUCAUUGUCAUAAAGGACAAAGUCAUAUAGCACUUCAGCCCCGCUCUUGUUCUCGCCUACAACAAUUUUCCCCUCUUUUUUCGUUUCACUCAAACCGAUACUGUCGUCAUGUGCAGUUAUCAUGGAAAUCAAGAAAGAAGUGCAAUUGACUAGAGAAGAUCGAUGGUGACCUUCGUCGACAAAUGUGUUUUCCUUUCUCGUCCCGGUUUUUUCGCAAAAUGUGUCAAUUCUUUUGGAGUCUGAAGAAGACGGAGUAGGAAGGAAUUAAGAAAAACGAAGAAGAUUCGAGAAGCCCGGCUUUCAUGAUAAACACAGAAAAACGUUGUUUGUCAGUUGCCCCCCUCUCCCUCUCUCUCUCUCUCUCUCUCUCUCUCUCUCUCUCUUCCUCCUCCGUUCCAAUUCAGAAGCAAUCUUUACGACUUACCAUUAUAAAUUUUUGAACAUCUCCCGGAUAUAUUUAUAGAAUACCUGAUCACCGAGUGGUUUAUCAUUAACGUCAUUUGUCCUUCCGUUUUUUUCCAAUGUUAAGGUCCCUCAAUAUGUUCUCAAAUGCACGUUUGCUCUUUCACCCCUCAGCUCUUUUCCUCAAUAGUUUGAUGAGAGCGACGACAAGAAGAGUCGGAGGCCCCCGGGAAAGAGUUGGCUGUGCGGCUUCUUCUUCUUCUUCUUCUUCUCAUCACUCUCCACCUGUGACAGCUAUCUUUAACAGCGCGUCGUACGCACACUGCACAGUGUACUCGGGUGGGGGUCUCCUCCGAGUGGCAAUACCCGAGUCGGCCCGAGCACUCCUCCUCGCCCCCUAUCAAACAGCCAUUGUUUCUUUUCUCUACUCAAGAAAUAUGAUGAUGGCUCGCGGUUGUCAAUUAACUUUGAUGACCACAAUCACCAGUGCACUUUCCUUUACAGCAGGUGUUUAGUGACUGCUCCGCUCGCCUCCACUCGCAAUCACAUCACUCAACCACCCCGAAACUCGCCUUAUAAAUUUUUCAUUGAGGACCUUCGAGUAAUCCGCGCACAUCAUUCAGUGCCGGCAAAAGAAAGGACAUUUAGGAUUAGUUCAGCAUCAUUGGCAAACAUUCUUUUUGUAUAGUCCAUUUUCGGAAAGACUGAUCCCUCUAACUAAAUUUUGCAUUUCUCCUCCUCCGCCCACUUCUUUUUACUCGAAUAAUUGCGCUUUUCCGGUGAGAUUGUGAAAACGGCUCUUCCUGAUCUCGUAAAUCAAGUGUGAGAAAACACAUGCGUAGGAAACGCGUUCUGGCAUUGUGUGGCGGAAAUACAUAUCCCAGAACCCAAAAACAGAAACGGCUCAGAAUUUUCGGCGUUGUUUUCUGCUAGGCAUGAGAGAGAGAGAGAGAGAGAGAGAGCGCGUAAGCAGACUCGUUUGCCGGUUACGGUAGCAUAUAUGCGCUCGUAUAUGUACAUAACUUGCAGUUUAUCAUUAUACAACUCUCCUCGCCCCAAAUCCCUCCGUGCUCCGAAGGAUCCCGCCUCCACUCUCGUCGCUCUCGAGGAAGAUGUUUUCCUUUGCACACUGCUCGUACUCUGACCUCUCCUUCCUGUGUGCACAUCGUUAGAGAGGAAGAUGCGCAGCUUCUUGUAUGCAGGGUGCGCAACUUAAAAAAUGAGCUUGGCUUUUAUAGGAUUAGGCUUCCGCUGUUGCCGUCGCCGAAAUCUUCAAAGUUCACUUUUUUGCUCUUGGCUUUCAUUCAAUUCGGACGGCUUGGUGACGUCAGCGACAGGCUUUGACACAUCUUUUUUCUUUUUCGUACACCUUGGUCUUACAAAAAUAUUAGUGUUUCGGUUGCAAUCGCUCCGCCUCACCCGACCCGGCGCGGCAGUUGGCAUCUAAAAAGGUUUAUUAAUGAGAAGAACGAACUGUGCCUAUGUUUCUCCUGCAAUCUUCUUCUUCUUCUUCUUUUUCUUCUUCUCCACAUCUCUUUCCAUGUCGGCCUUCACCGUCCUCGUUGAAUCGAAAUUUCACGACUACCAUCCAUCCAUCCACUUGCUAUCAUCUCUUUCUCAUUUUACGCCCUUUGUUUCAGGCCUCGCACUCCGUCGCCUCAACCGUCAUCGGGACAGUCGAGCGCUGCGCCAUCGCCCUUCCAUAUUCAGAACACGUCUUUGUCUCCACCGCGCAGGUUAGUCCUUACACUCGUCAGCAUCCAACGACUACAACGGCCAAGAAGACGCAAUGAACUUUGCUUCUGCAAGGAACAAUACCGUCCUUUAAGAGAUUUGAUCGUUUGAUUGAUUAGUCUGACGAUUUACUGCAGGAACUUUACACCGUAGUUAACACACGUUUUGAAACAAUUGUUUGCAGGCAGCCGUCCGCUCGCGAAGUUCAACCGCAAACCCGUAAACGCAAGAACGAUGAUAAGCCGAAAGAGGCUACCUCUACUCCAAAGGCCAUUAUUCCGAAUUCCGAGUUCUUUAAGGAGUUGGCUUUCCCGGCAAUCGUCACCCAGAAAACGCUGACCUUGCUGGAAUUCGCGGAUAGAAAGGUAAACAGGGGGAGGUGCUGCCCAGUGGCUAUCCAGAAAAUCAGGGGUUCUCGUUCCCUCGGAGCUUAUCAAUCACGGAGGGCCCUGGCUCGGCUCGGCUCACAGGCUCAUUUAUUUUUCGGCGGAAAAUUGGUGAGCAUUCUCCACGGGAUAUCAUGAUCCACACUGAUCAUCAUAGUCUUCGCAGCAGUCUCAAAAGUUCUUCUUUUUCUCCUCUUGUCUUUCUCGUUUCCGGUCGUGUUCCAUCAUCUUCACACAAUCAUUCGCUUAUCAAAAUCUUCUAUCGUUUUCUCGAAUAUCAGUUUUUCUCUAGCCCUCAUGACAAGUCCUUCAAUCGUAGUUCACUCUUGUCAUCGCAAUAUUUCUAGCGGUUUUCAAGUUCACUUGAAGCCGAGCCAAAGCUUUUUUACUUCUGACGCAAAUCAGAAGAAAAUUGCGUGUGCGAAGGUGCCCCCCGUUUCGGCCUUUAUUGGUUCUGGAGGCCUGCGGACGUGCAAUUUCUGCUGAAAGGUUUCUCUCUCAUCCAGUAUUUACUUUUUUGAUCGCACCUCAGGAGGUCACGUCAGAAGCACCACUUUUUCUGUGAGUUCAGUUGUUUGCUGCCGCAAAGAACAUCAAAAGAUCGGUUGGAAGAUCUUCCGGUUAUGGUAUUAGUGACAAGAAGAAGAAGGCCCCUCCUGUGCUUGUCCACUCAGCGUUUUGCGAGAAGUCAAGAGCUAUUGCAAACAUAGAGAAGCGGCUCCCCUCCGAGUUGCGAGAACAAAUUGUACUCUUCUAAUUGUUCUAGCGGAUCGAAUGGGUACGUCCUUUCGAGCAAAUUGUAAACGCGACGAAAGAGGGGGGGGGGGGGGGGGCACGCAAACAAUCUGUGUUUUUGUGAAAACGACUCAAAUAUCGGAGCACUAGCUCGCCAUCACAUCCCUUGUUGUUUUAGCUAUCAAUUGUGCAUCAUCGGAGGGUCCCGAGAAGAAAUGAACUUUGAAGGAUCUAUCUCUCUCUCUCUCACUCCUUACUCCCGGGGUCGGCCGCCCGCAGACGGCGGCAUUAUCGACGCUCCACUAUCUUUGAAAUUGCAUCAUUCACAAUCCCCGUUGCGCGACUUUUUCCUAUUUGUUUCACGCUGGCGUCACAUCAGAACAGGUGGCGGACCGACUACGUACAACACAAAAAUUGCGCACGUUAUAGUUUCAAGGGUUGAGAGAAGAAAUUGUACUUGUUGGUCGGAAGGAAGGACGUCGGUCGUGGUAUCUAGAACCAGUUGCACCUGGUUUCGGAGGAGGAACACUUGAGAUUGCUCUGAUCAUUUACCCAGCGCAUUGGCGGCAGAAAACGUGUGCUCAUCAUCUCCUGACGGGGGAACUGGAGACUCCGAUAGUCACAAACCGUUUCAUCGACCUAGUAUCUUAUCAGCACUCUGGCAUAUAUGGUGUGGUUCGAGAACGACAAAUAAAUGCCUUUUCACAUUGCUGCGCUCUGCUUGUCAAGGAAUGAUGCAAAAAUUGGCUAAUUGUAACAUUUGAGCUCUGUUAUCAGUGGACAACGGCCAUAAAACGAGGAAAAUUGACUAAAUACACAUAUGGUCAUAAUCGCCACACAAUUUUCCGUAUUCGCCCCUCACGUUUCACUGCGACCGGUCGGCCCUGUGUGAUGUGUGUUCUUAGAUCUUCAUCGUCUUCUCUUGGUGUCAGGUAUCCAGCGUGAUAUCAUCGUGAUGCAAUUGACCAGUGGUUUUGUGUUUCAAAAAUAAAACACCGUGAAAAAAAGCGAGCGAAUAUCCGCCCCUGUCACACAAAUAUUAUCAAUCACUCUGUCUCGAGGUUCGAGCGGUUUGCCCCCGUGGGCACCUGGUGUUCAGAGCAAACACUGAACUUUUUGAAAACCAGCUAUAAUACGAGACUUCGGAUUGCCAACAAUACAGUGCUUGUUGACGCAACCAUCCCUCUCUUCCUCCCGAGUCCCCAGCAAAAGACACUUUCCCAUAGAUCAGAUCAGCUCUCUAAAAGUGUUUCGGUUUCAACGUCUCUAUUCAUUCAUAUGCUGAUUAUGUCUGUCUAUCGCAUUGCAAAAAAUAUCAUUCUGAUCAUUGAACAUCUAUCUUUGCAGGGAAUCGGUAUAGUUGACGAUGAGCUCCUUGCAAUCGUGCGCGAUGCGAUUGUUCUCGAUCAAGCCAUGGGCAAGAUUUUGGAUAAGAGAGAGGCCAUGAAGAACCAUUUGGGAGUGAUGGCCCAGUAUGAGCUCGACACCAUCCGCCACAUCCAUGCCAACAUGCCACGUCACAUGCAAGACGUGCUUAUUUUUGACGGCAACACGGUUCACAUUGCUCAAGAAAGUAAGUUCAACUCCUGCGAUCACUGCUCUUUUGCCUUGCAAAUAGCCCAUUCAACCCCAUGGAUGUGUUCCACCAUCAGUGCAGCUGGUCCCUCUGGCGCAUUCCUGUCUUUGUUCCUCUCACUUUUACCGAUGCCGUUUUUUUUUGCAGGAACCCCCAUGCCGCCGAUGCCGUUCAACCCUGCUGCCGCUACUUCGCACCAGCUCAUGUCAUUAAAGUAAGACACUUUACACUUUGCCAACCUUCCUCUCUCACUCACUUCAUCAUUUUAUUUUAGGUAUGGACAUACGCUGUCUCACCAGAUGGGACUUCCACCGCCGCCAUCGGGCUAUGUGUCGCCAUUUCUGCAUUCGAGCCUCCAGCAGUCAACUAUGACGACGACUAUGUCGCAUCCUCCGAUCGCGGUUCCACCGCCCAUCGGGUUGGGUCCGCAGCCGUUUGUUCCACCGUCGCUGAGUCUGCUGGGACCACCACCGUUUGCGGUUCCGACAUUGAUGCAGCCGACAGCUGGAAAGUCGCUGCAGUCUCAAAUUCGAUCUGGCCCACAGACUCCGCAUCGUUCGGUCGAACAGGAACGUUCGCAACUUCCACCAGGACUCAACCCGAUUGCAUUCUCGAAUGCACCACCAGGACUUUCGGUGCUUAUCAGUCAACGUUACCAAAAACAAUAAUCUCAUUUAAGCUCGGUCAAAUGUCGGAAUACUCGCGCCCACCACCAGCCAAGAAGCCGGCACAUCAAAAUCCGUCGAUGAAUCGGGUUGCUAACAAUUUGUCGAGUAUGCUCACUAAUGCAUUGAAGGCCCAAGUCACAAAGGUAUUAGACCACUUUUCAGAGAGCAAAAUAUUAAUACAAGAUUACAGGCGCAGGCGUCUUUCAACUCGAGCCCGGGCAACCCUCCGAAGAAAGCAGUUCCAAGUCUGAUGAGCAUCAACAUACCAGGAGUUCCGAAACCUCAAGGCCAGAAGUAA